UGCAUCAUGGUUUAUGCAAGGAUUCAAUGAAUCAAGUGUUUUCUUAUCUUGUUGAAAAUGGCACAGCCUCACACACAGAGUCAAGGAUUUGGCAUUGAAAGAGCCACAUAAAAGCGUGGCCCUGCAGCAGCUCAGGGCCCUGCUACUCAGCUCCUUCUGUAAUGCUCUUCAUCCACUGAGCCAGACCCCUGUGUCAGGGCCCUCAGCUGCAGAGAUGGCUGUGUUUCUGUGUCUGUGUUUGUUUUUGGCCGUGAGUCUGACUUUGUUAGCGCUGCUGGUGAAGCUCAGGGUGUCUUCGCACGGUCCUCGGGAGCCACCUUGCCUUCCAUCCCUACCGCUCAUCGGCAGUCUUCUGAGUUUGCAGAGCCCACAUGCUCCUCAUGUGCUUUUCAAAGAGCUUCAGCAGAAAUAUGGACAGAUGUACUCUCUGAUGAUGGGCUCCCAUCGUGUCAUCAUCGUCAACCAUCACACUCAUGCCAAAGAAGUGUUAAUGAAGAAGGGGAAGAUCUUUGCAGGCAGACCCAGAACUGUAACCACAGAUAUUCUGACCAGAGAUGGGAAGGACAUUGCAUUUGGAGACUACAGUGCUACCUGGAGAUUUCACAGAAAAAUAGUGCAUGGAGCUCUGUGCAUGUUUGGAGAAGGCUCUGCAGCCAUCGUAAAGAUUAUCUCUGCAGAGGCUCAGUCUCUCUGCACUGUCCUGUCUGGGGCUGCAGCUGCUGGUCUGGCUCUGGAUCUGUCCCCUGAGCUGACCCGGGCUGUCACCAAUGUGAUCUGUGCUCUCUGCUUCAAGUCCUCCUACCGCCGAGGAGACCCGGAGUUUGAGGCCAUGCUUUCCUACAGCCAGGGUAUCGUGGAUACGGUGGCCAAGGACAGCCUGGUGGACAUCUUCCCCUGGCUACAGAUUUUUCCCAACGCUGACCUGCGGCUCCUCAAGCAAUGUGUUGCAGUCAGAGACCAACUACUGCAGAAGCAAUAUGAUCAGCACAAGGCCGACUACAGCGACCACGUGCAGCGAGACCUGCUGGAUGCUCUGCUGAGGGCCAAGCGCAGCGCAGAGAACAACAACACAGCAGAGAUCAGUGCAGACUCUGUGGGCCUCAGUGAAGACCACCUCCUCAUGACUGUGGGAGACAUCUUUGGAGCUGGCGUGGAAACCACCAGCACCGUGCUCAAAUGGGCUGUGACUUACCUCAUCCAUUACCCACAGGUUCAGAGACACAUCCAGGAGGAGCUGGACAGUAAAGUAGGAGGAGACCGAUCCCCCCAGCUCAGUGACAGAGGCAGUCUGCCGUACCUGGAGGCCACCAUCAGGGAGGUCCUGAGGAUCCGCCCCGUGGCCCCUCUGCUCAUCCCCCAUGUGGCUCUGAGUGACAGCAGCAUCGGGGAUUUCACGGUGAGGAGGGGAACUCGAGUCAUCAUCAACUUGUGGUCUCUGCAUCAUGAUGAGAAGGAAUGGAAAAACCCAGAGCUCUUUGACCCAGGUCGGUUCCUGAACAGUGACGGCACAGGCCCGAUCAUCCCGUCACCCAGCUACCUGCCGUUCGGUGCUGGGAUCAGGGUGUGCCUGGGCGAGGCCUUGGCUAAGAUGGAGCUCUUCCUUUUCCUGUCCUGCAUCUUACAGCGCUUCACCCUCUCCGUCCCAGCAGGCUACCCCCUGCCCAGUCUAGAGGGCAAGUUUGGUGUGGUCCUCCAGCCAGCCAAGUACAAGGUGAACGCCACACUCAGACCAGGCUGGGAGAGGGUCAAGAGCCAGCCAUGUUGAAAUGGCACCUCGUCCUCUACAAACCCAGAAAGUCUGUGGGGCUUUUUUCAGCCCUCAAACAUCUUAAGAUUGAGUCUGGAGCGUUGAAGUGGACAUAAAUAUGUGCACAGGAGGUUUAAAAAUCAAAACACAAAUCUAGUUUUGAAAAUUAAAUUUAAAAACACUCUGGAGCAUCGUAUUUAAAACACACCAUGCACAUAUCUGUUUGUAGUUUUCUGCCUUAAAUGUUUUGUGGUUGAUGGUGUUAUGUGUGACAGAAAUGUUUGUAAAGUUUAAUGUAUAUUUGAAAAAAUCCUGAUUUGUGUAAAGUGUAAUUCGAAUUCUCUCCUAAAUGUGAUGUUUUGUGCAGACUGUGGUGCUUAAUUAUGUUUUUAAUGUACAUUUACUGUGUCUGUCAGUAUGCUUCUUUCUAAUGUGGAUCCAGGGAGAGCUGGACUCUGGACCACAGCUGAAGGGGAUCCUAACAAAUAAACAUUCAUAUUUGUUGGCUUGUA